AUGGAGACGGCACCGUCUCCCAUCCAGCUGUCCACAACCUCUCUAUCAUCAUCACAUAAUUGGCGAAACAUCGAUGCUGCAAGCGACGACACGAACAGCCCGCUCAAGAAAGAGACAGAUUCACCGCCGGCCGAAGACAAUGCUGAGGCCGCGAAUCCCCAGGGCGCGGCCCCUGACAGCGCCGAGGCAAGCUACAAACCAGGAUCUCUCAAGUUCUGGCUCAUCAUCAUCAGUGCUUUUGUGUCCAUGUUCCUCGUUGCUCUAGAUCGAACCAUCAUCUCUACUGCAAUUCCUACAAUCACCGACGACUUUCACUCCCUCUCAGAUAUCGGCUGGUAUGGAUCAUCGUAUAUGCUUACAACGGCCGCCUUUCAACUGAUUUGGGGGCGCAUCUACCGCUUCUAUGAUCUGCGUUGGACAUUCUUAUGCUGCAUCGUCAUCUUUGAGGCUGGCUCUGCCAUUUGUGGUGCUGCUCCAAGCUCCUCUGUUUUUAUUGCUGGACGUGCUAUCGCAGGAGUGGGUUCUGCAGGCAUUACGACCGGAUCCUUACUCACGACUAUUGACAUGAUUCCAUUGGCGAAGCGUCCCAUGUUUCAAGCCGCGUUCGGUCUUGUGUUUGGUGUAUCCAGUAUUACUGGCCCCCUUAUGGGUGGCGCCUUUACAGAAAACGUUUCAUGGAGAUGGUGCUUCUACAUCAAUCUACCCGUCGGCGCCGUUGCCUUCGUCUUCCUGUUCUUCUUUCUGAGACUUCCCAAGAAGACUCACCCUCCCGCCACCAUCAAGCAACAGAUCCUUCGUCUCGACCCUCUCGGCACGUUCUUCUUCAUUCCAUCUACUGUAUGCCUCUUGCUUGCCUUGCAAUGGGGAGGAUCAAAAUACGAUUGGAGCAACUGGAGAAUCAUCUUCCUCUUCAUUAUGUUUGGACUGACUGCCGUGGCAUUUGCCAUUGUCCAAAUCAAGAUGCCCGAAACCGCAUCACUGCCUCCCAAGGUCAUCAUUCAGAGGACCAUGCUCUCUACCACAUUUUACAUGCUCUUUGUUGCAGGCGCCAUGAUGCUCUUGGUUUACUUCAUUCCCCUGUGGUUCCAAACUACGCAUGGCAUCAGCCCCGUGAGAUCUGGCAUUUAUACGCUUCCCCUUGUGCUGAGUCUCGUCGUCUCCGUCACCAUAUCUGGAUUUAUGACCCAGAAAAUUGGAUACUAUUUGCCGGCUUUAAUAAUUGGUCCCUGCGUAAUGGCCGUCGGCGAAGGCCUUCUAUACACUUUGAAGCCAAGCUCCGGGUCUUCUGAGUGGAUUGGAUACCAGUUUCUCGCUGGAUUUGGAUUGGGCUUUGGGUUCCAGACCGCAAAUCUUGCUGUCCAGGCUACGAUCCCAAAGAAAGAGAUUCCUACCGGAGUUUCCAUCCUCUUCUUUGCCCAGCAACUUGGAGGUGCCAUUUUCAUUUCCGUCGGCCAAACAAUUUUGAACACCUUGCUCGUUUCCAAAUUGGAGAAUGUGCCCGGACUGGAUCCUAAGAAAAUUAUCACAACUGGUGUGACUGAGUUACGCAAUGUCGUUCCUCCGCAGUUUGUUUCGACUGUGAUUGAUGCGUACAAUUACGCGUGCACACACAUCUUUAUUGCUGCAUUGGCGUUGACCUGUGCUCAGCUAGUUUGUGCCUGUUGCGUGGAAUGGGGAAGCGUCAAGAAGCCGAAGAACCAGCAAGAGAAACCACAGUGA